CGGAUGAAUGGAAGCGGUGUUUGCAACGUACAGUUUCUGCAAAGUAGAAGUCAUCAACAGAAGAGGAGAGCUUUUUCAGGAUUCUUUUUGGCGUUAGCGGUUCUUUCCGCUUUCGUCGGUUGCGUCAGUCCUAUUCGGUUGUAUGGAGUUCCCGUUUCUGGAAUGAACGCUUUUGUUGAGUUGCUUUUCGUCAUAUGUUGUUUCCGUGGCUUUUGUUUCUUUGUUGUGAUCGAGUUUGCGUUCUGUCUUUACUCUUGUGGCUUCAGUGUCUGGGAUCAUCGCAGCCUUACCUUGCCCUCAUGGCCUAGUGCGUCUUCUCCAGAUUCUGUUGUCAUCAUCUCGUCUUUCCUUCGUCUUGUCGUCCAUCUUGUGCACGUGACAUCAGUGUCUGGGAUCAUCGCAGCCUUACCUUGCCCUCGUGGCCUAGUGCAUUUUCUCCAGAUUUUGUCGUCAUCAUCUCGUCUUCCUCUUCGUCUUGUCGUCCAUCUUGUGACUUCAGCAUCUGGGAUUAUCGCAGCCUUACCUUGCCCUCGUGGCCUAGUGUGUCUUCUUGGAUUCUGUCGUCACCAUCUCCUGGUCUUCUUUGGAUUCAUUUCUUCUGACUUGCAUAUCUUGUACCUAGCUCUAGAGUCUAGCCUCUCGUAUGUAGUUUGCAAGUUUUAUGUUGUUACUAGUGUUGGACUUUAGUUAUAGUUAUGUACUUUGCAGUGAUGUAUAAUAGUUCCAUGUUUGAAAUAUAUGUAUU